AUGGGAGAAUCAAGUGCUAGUGGAAUUGAAAUUUCUGCCAGUACAGAAAAUGCUCCUAAGCCACUACUCGGAAUGAAAUUUAAUACUUAUGAAGAAGCUUAUAACUAUUAUAACCAUUACGCAUUGUUGAUGGGUUUUGGAAUAAGGAAGAGCACGGUAAAUUACUCGAAGAAGACAAGGGACGUGCUGGAUAGAAAGUUUGUUUGUGAUAAGGAGGGCUAUAGAUCUAAUAGAGACAAGAUGGAGAUGCCUUUUCGGCGAGAGACCCGAGUGGGAUGUAAGGCAAUGAUGAGAGUUAAAGUAUUAGAGGACAAAUCGUGGGAGGUCACGGGGUUUGUUGAAGAACAUACAAAUCAUGUGUUGAGUAGUCCAGACAAAGCAAAGAUGCACAGAUCACACCAACAAUUCCAUAAAUCUCAAAGUUGUAAAAGACUUAUUGAGAGUCUGCAAGAAGAAGGAAUGCCUCCAUCCACUAUUUCUCGCGUCAUUAACGCAACCACUGGAAGAGAAGGCGAAUUAGUGACACCACAACAGUGUAUUGAUCACAUCAGAUACCAGAGAGUCAACAAUAUUGGCCAUGAAUGCAUAUCUAUCAUAAAACAUUUUCAGAGUUUGACAGCGAAUGAUCCAGAAUUCUAUUUUGCAAUAGAAGUGGACAGUAGUGGACAAAUGAGGAGUGUUUUCUGGGCUGACGGAAGAUCAAGAGCGUCUUAUUUGCAAUUCAGUGAUGUUGUUGUGUUUGAUGUGACAUACAGAACUAAUAAGUUCAGUCUUCCAUUUGCUCCAUUUACUGGUGUGAAUCAUCAUAGACAGUCCACUUUACUUGGUUGUGCAUUAUUAGCUGAUAAACAAGAAGAUACCUUUGUCUGUGAUGUUGUUGUGUUUGAUGUGACAUACAGAACUAAUAAGUUCAGUCUUCCAUUUGCUCCAUUUACUGGUGUGAAUCAUCAUAGACAGUCCACUUUACUUGGUUGUGCAUUAUUAGCUGAUGAACAAGAAGAUACCUUUGUGUGGUUAUUUGAAGAAUGGCUGAAAUGCAUGCAUGGGGUUGAACCAGGUGCUAUUAUAACAGAUCAGGAUAGAGCCAUGUGUAAUGCUAUUCACUCUGUGUUUCCACUGACAAGACAUCGUUAUUGCUUUUGGCACAUGCAAAAGCACAUUACUGAUCAUUUGCCUACUUUGGUUUCUCGUUAUGGUGAACAGUUUCAAAGGUAUUGGGGCUUAUGGUGUAAUAGUUCUUCAAUUGAACAGUGUGAAGGACAUUGGUUAGAGAUGAAGGAGAAGUUUGAUAUAAAUGAAGAAGAGGAUGGAUGGUUGCAAACUGUUUACAAAUAUCGAGAACAUUGGGUGUCAUGUUAUUUGAAGGACACUUUUUUUGCUGGAAUGAGAUCGAGCCAAAGAAGUGAAAGUAUUAAUGCAUUUUUUGAUGGGUAUGUUAACUCACAGACUCAAUUACACGAGUUUGUAUUACAAUAUGAAAAAGCAUUAACUCAUCGUCGCUUAAGUGAAGCUCAUGAAGAUUUUAAGAGUCUUAACACAAAGCCUGUCAUGCUCCUUGGACAUCCGAUUGAGGUCCAAGCUGGAGAAAUGUAUACACGCAACAUGUUUGAUGUGUUCCAAACUGAAUUCAAAGGAUUUGCUACAGAGUUUUGUGAAGAAUUGAGCAAAGAUGGGGAUAUUAUUGAAUACAAGAUUUGUAAGUUUGCAGAUAGAGGAAAAUGGGAGGUGGUUACUUAUGAACAAUCCAGUAAGAUGCAAUUCAUUUGUACUUGUGCUUUGUUUGAAACUAAUGGUGUUGUAUGUAGACAUAUAUUGUCGCUAAUGAUGGCUAGCCAAAUUUCUUCAUUACCCGGUCAUUACAUCCUACACCGUUGGACUAUACAUGCUCGACAUCGUAACAUUGGGGUUGGCAAUAUUGUAUUUGGAAGAAACCUCACAAGCUGUGAAGAGAAGAUUAAUUUGUUGAAAUCUUGGGCUUUAAGAGCAAAAUUCAAUAAUGCGCUCGAGCUUGCAUUUGAUUCAGAAGAGAGGAUGCAGAAAUUAGAUAAUGUGUUAACAAAAUUCAUAGAAUCACUUGAAGAAGAAGUUAGAGAAACAGAAGAUAAUCCUCAGAUUUCAGCACCCAUUUCACAUACAAUGGAGCACAUUCCUCAGAUUACAGUUCGUGAUCCUGAAAAAUCUGCAAGGACUAAAGGUCGACCACGCAAUGCCACUAGAAUUCAGUCAGGCUUAGAACAAGCACAACAAAAUAAAGAGAGGAAGAAGCGUAUAUGUAGCAGAUGUGGUGAACUCGGGCAUUAUAGAACUAGCUGUAAAGUCAACCUCCCAAGGUGA